AUGGCAGAGAAAAAAAUAGACGAGUCUCCAUUUCUGCACAAAAUGGAGAACUUCGAAAUAGCAGAUGGGAAAAAUAAAAAGGGAACCAGGGGGGAAAUGAAAAAUGUGUAUAGGAGUUUGGGUAAUGAGUUCAACUUUGAAAACGAGGAGAUGACCCCGGAGGUGGAUCCGGAAAAGGGUCCAGAGAUGGAUCAGGAGGGGGAAAAAUGCGCUGGUGUGAACCAAUCUGGUGUAAACGAACCUGGUGUGAACCAAUCUGGUGUAAACGAACCUGGUGUGAACCAACCUGGUGUGAAGGAGCCUGACGUGAGGCGGAUGGGAAAGAGCGAUGCAAACAUAAGGACGAUAAAAAUCGACCGUAAAAAUCUAAAAAAAUUAUUUAGUAGCCAGUUCUUCACGCAGACACUGACCGACGACUCAAGUACCAAUUUGAUUAGCGAAUUAAAAAUGAGCAAACGCUAUGCCACUGGAGAGUUCUUUAAGGCUUUGUUUUUGUUUACUUUAUUUUUAACAACCUCCUACUUUGCCUUCUUUUACAUUUACAAGAACUACUUCGGGCAGAAUCACCUCUGCGGGAAUUUGGAUCUUUACAAUUACAAGUACGAGAAUCAGGUCCGCUUCAUCCCUAACGUUAGUGGCGCAGGAUAUUACGUCUUCACGGGUAAAUUCCCUUUCGAUGUCAUAACGCACAAAGUGAGAAAGGAGGUCCUAAAACAAAGUAUGAACGAAGAAUUGGACAAAUACAAGGAGAACGGAGGGAAGGAACCUUUCGAUAAAAUAGAAAACCUGGAUGAUCACCCCAUACAGAUCAUGUCCUUUGUGAAACAUAAUAACACGAUGAAAUGCGAGAAAAAAAUAUUUGAUAUGUAUAGACCCUUUUACUUAAAAUCCACUGAUGUAGAUAUCACUCAGAAGAAUUUUAUCCUGAGUGAAGUGAACUAUAGCUUUGUUACCAAUCCGUACAAUGUGCCCCAGGCCAAGUUGUAUGCCGAAGUAGCUAAUUUCAUGAAGAAGAGCGAAGCGAAGAACAAAAUUUGUUACAUGACUUGGUAUUUGAAUUCCUUGCGGGAAGACAAGGGGGUAAAUGGAGUUAUACAAGGAGCCGAUGUGGGAAGGAUCCUCAGCGAGGGAAAUGCCACCACUUCAAAAUCGGAACAGACAACGGAGAAGGAAACUCCAUCCGGUGAUGUUACCAACAACGCAACGGGAAUUAUCACAGCAGCCUUCGAAGGUGCAAAGAAAUAUUUUAAGGGAACGCCUACUGGGGAGGAACAGGUCCCGCAGAAGAAGGCCAACGAUUUGGGAGUGGGAGGUUACUUUGGAGGUAUGGUACAACCCCCCAAAAGGAAAAUCGUCUACCUCUAUGAUUAUUAUGACAACAACUUCGUCGACCUGCUCGUCGCCAUCCAUAACAUGCAGUAUGGAAAUGGGUUCAGAGAUUUGAAGACCUACUGGGAAGACUUAAAGCGGAAGUUCAGGGUGGUUAGCCCUGAGGAAAUCUACCUCCUCGAGUGGUACUGCCUUGGCGUGAAUUACAACUUAAUUGAAAAUAACAAUCAGUUCAAGUUAAACUGCGUUGACCUUUUAAAAUAA